GUCGGAUUACGUUUCAACUACAAUUAAUUCGGUUCAAUUUCAGCAACAAAUUUCAAAAGCUUAGAAUGUCACUUCUUGUUAGCUCAGCUAAUCCGUAGUCAGCUUGCUGCUUUGGAUAUAUGAAUCAAUAAAGAUACUUCCUUUAUGGUUAUGUUCUAAACUGCAUGAUUAACCGGUUCAAAAACCAACCUAGUCAACUCCAUCGACGGCCAUUUUUGCUUGCACAUCCCCAACGCUCUCCCACAUGCUUCAUGAAAAUAAUAAAUCCCCAGUUUGGUGAAACAGAUAAGGUCAAAUUACAAUUGAGUAUUGCCAAGGAGAGGUUGUGGGAGGCUACCCCUGACCCCGUGAAAGAGUUUCCUUGGAGAAAGGCAGGAGACGAGCUGCUAAAACGAUUAAUGUUUAUUGGACAGGCAGCACUGAAAUGGUCCCUCAUAGCUGUCUUCAUCUUUAGCUCUGUAUCAGAUGUCAUAUUUUCCAUUUCUAGAAACCAGGAGUUGAUGAUUCCUGUUGGUCUUCUUAUUGGCUGUUUGAUCACCGACUAUUUAAAGGAGAUACUGCAGGAGGUGAUACAAGCCAGUGAGGACAAGGGAUUGAACUUGGUUCUUGCUAGUAUCAGUUGCUUGUUUGUUCUCACUAAGGUCAUCUCUACAUAUUUUGCUGCACGCGCACAAGUGUUCCUUUUGCAUGUUGCAAAUGGUGGGUUGCUGCAAGUUUUGUGGUUGUGGAGACAGCUAUUGAAAGAAAAUGAUGAACCAACAAAGGAGAAUGUCUUCUCUAGUGAUCAAGAACCCUCAUUAGCAGCCGAUGCGAAGGAAUAAAAUUACAUCUGUAUAUUGGACAUCCCUGUAAUUGUAUAAAUUGUUGAACCAGAUGGUUCAUGGAAUCAGAUUUAGUUACCAAAUUAUUUAAAAGCCCUUCCUAAUUGUGAUACCUUCAUGUUAUUAAGCAAAAUUACUACUACUUUUAUGUUGGAAA